UGUCUUGAACACUCUACUGUAAGUGCCAAAAUACACCUUGAAAGAGAAAAGUGAUAAGAUAGACUAUUAUUAACUGGCACUUGCAAGUUGCAAGUUGCUCAAGUCUUGAAAACAUGGCGGUUGCAAGCAUGUUCGACACGAAGGGUCUGAUGGUCGAAGUGAUAACGGGGCGGUGGUUCGUGGUGUUCGCGUCGUUCCUAAUCAUGGCGGCGGCCGGCGCCACCUACAUGUUCAGCCUCUACUCCGGCGACAUAAAAUCGGCCCUCGCCUACGACCAAACCACCCUCAACCUCCUGAGUUUCUUCAAAGACUUGGGCGGCAAUGUCGGCGUUCUCUCCGGCCUCAUCAACGAGAUAACUCCGCCGUGGGUGGUCCUCGCCAUGGGCUCACUCCUCAACUUCUUCGGCUACUUCAUGAUAUGGCUCGCCGUCACCAAAAGAAUCCCCAAACCCCACGUGUGGCACAUGUGCCUCUACAUCUGCAUUGGCGCCAACUCUCAAUCCUUCGCCAACACCGGUUCCUUAGUCACGUGCGUCAAGAACUUCCCCGAGAGUCGCGGGGUGGUCUUGGGAAUCCUCAAAGGCUACGUUGGUCUGAGCGGAGCCAUCAUAACGCAACUCUACUUCGCCUUUUACUACAACGAUUCCAGGUCUUUGAUUCUCCUCAUAGCUUGGCUUCCAGCCGCUAUUUCCUUUCUUUUCCUCAGAACCAUUCGCUACAUGAAGCCGCUUCGACAACCUAACGAGCUUAGUGUUUUCUACAAGUUUUUGUAUAUCUCACUUGGCCUCGCUGGCUUUCUCCUUGUCAUGACCCUCGUUCAGAAGAAGGCGAAUUUCUCCCAGAGUGAAUAUGGACUAAGUGCUGGCGUUGUGCUUUUUCUGCUCUUCCUCCCUCUCGCUGUUGUUUUUGUUGAACAAUAUAAGACGAGGGAGAUUCGUAAGCUGGCAUUCGCUGACCCCUCCCCGGUGAAGGUAGUAGCUGAAAGAGAGUUAGUAGAGUCUGCAACUGCAACUACGAGGGUUGAAGUUGAAGUUGAAGAAACUAGAUGGUGGCAGAAAGUGUUUACUCCACCGCCUAGAGGGGAGGACUAUACUAUACUCCAAGCACUUUUCAGCUUGGACAUGAUACUUGUAUUCUUCGCAGGCACAUGUGGUGUUGGAGGCACUUUGACCGCGAUUGAUAACCUUAAUCAGAUUGGUACCGCACUAGGGUACCCCAAGUCUAGCAUAAGCACGUUUGUGUCGUUGGUGAGCAUUUGGAACUAUCUGGGGCGGGUUUUUUCGGGGUUUGUUUCUGAACACUUUCUUCAAAAGUACAAGUUUCCUCGACCACUCAUGCUCACGCUAAUCCUCCUCUUAUCCUGUGUCGGUCACCUUCUCAUAGCCUUUGACGUGCCUAACGGGCUCUACGUGGCCUCGGUGAUCAUUGGCUUCUGUUUUGGCGCGCAAUGGCCCUUGGUGUUUGCUAUAAUUUCUGAACUGUUUGGGCUCAAGUACUACUCCACGUUGUACAACUUCGGCGGUGUGGCGAGCCCAAUUGGGCUUUACGUGCUUAACGUGAGGGUGACGGGGCACUUGUAUGACAAGGAAGCUUUGAGACAAUUGGCUUCGGCGGGGAUCUCGAGAGCGAGUGGGAAGGAAUUGGACUGUCUUGGGGCCACUUGUUUCAAGUUGUCUUUUAUUAUUAUCACUGCAGCGACCUUUUUUGGUGCCAUAAUUUCACUCAUUUUGGUGGCAAGAACAAUUAAGUUCUAUAAAGGUGAUAUAUACAAGAGAUAUCGACACGAAGAUGAUGAGAUUGCGGUGGUCCAAAACGGCGGCCAGAGAGGUUAAACAACAGGUCACUGUGUCAGUUACAUAUUCAUCAAUUCCCCAGCCACUACGACAUCGACGAGAAACCAGAAUAAAAGUUAGUCAAGCUUUUAUUUCUUGCAUUAAUCAUCAUGAUAGAAAAAAUGGAAAGAAACUAUAGUUAGGACCACUUUUUUAUUUUACCACUACCCGUCUUUUACUCAUAAUUUCGGGGAAUCCAAAUUAAAAUGUUAUUAAUGUUGGCUGUAUAUAAAUACGUACAGCACUUUCUUCCACGUUA